CCUCAACCCUAGGGUUUCAUUUUCGUCUCGCAGCAGUAAGCAGCGGCGGCUAGCGUCGAAAAUGGUGAAAUUUCUCAAGCCUAACAAGGCCGUUAUUCUCCUUCAGGGCCGCUACGCCGGCAAGAAGGCGGUCAUCGUGAAGUCCUUCGACGACGGCACUCGCGACCGCCCCUACGGCCACUGCCUGGUCGCCGGGAUCGCCAAGUACCCGAGCAAGGUGAUCCGCAAGGACUCCGCCAAGAAGCAAGCGAAGAAGUCUCGCGUGAGGACUUUCGUCAAGCUCGUUAACUACAACCACAUUAUGCCGACGCGCUACACCCUGGACGUCGACCUGAAAGACGCCGUCACCGCCGACUGCCUUCAGUCGCGGGACAAGAGAGUCUCUGCCGCGAAGGAGGCGAAAGCUCGGCUCGAAGAUCGGUUCAAAACUGGGAAGAACAGGUGGUUCUUUUCCAAACUCAGGUUCUGAGUAGAUCAAUACAUAAAUACUCUCAGCCUUUGAGCUUUUUGUUUGUUUCUCUUAGUAAUUUUUACAACUGGAUUUUGUUUACUUGAAGAUGUUAUCCUUAUUAUAUGUGACAAUCGAGUUUUUUAUAUAUCUCCUUUCUCUUUAAUUA